AUGGCGCAGUAUGGAUUUAUAGUGAUGGAGAAUUGUUUAUUUCUUAUGUGCAAGUUUAGAGGUGUGACAUUGGUUAUCGAGUAUAAUGAUGGAUUUAAUUUCAAGGAUUUAGUAUAUAAAUUGUGUGCAAAGUGUAGUGAGUUAGUUGGUAAUUCUUUGAAUAUAUCGUAUUCAAUGGCUAGACAUUCUUCUUGUGGUCUAGAAAGUGAAGAGGAUUUGGAGGUUAUGGUUGGACUGGCACUUUCUUGUGAUAUUCAUCGUAUUGAUGUUUUUAAUGAUAAGGAUCGUGUCACUGUUCAUUGUAAGAGAAGGGCUGAUUUGGGAUGUUUAUGGAGCGUGCAUGCUAGAGUGGAAAAUUAUAGUAAAGCUUUUGUUAUUAAACAAUUUGAUGAUGUUCAUACUUGUGGAUCUUCUUUUCAUACAAUUAAACAUGCUAGGAUGACUUUAAGUAUGAUUGGUGAGCUAAUUUCUAGUGAUAUUUGUAACAAGGCUUUGACAUCGGUUAGUGAGGUGGUUUGUGAUUUCAAGGACUAUUAUGGAACAGAAGUUUCUUAUCGGCGAGCUUGGAUGGGUGUUGAAAAAGCAAAGGGUCUUGUUUUUGGUGACUAUUCAUCAUCAUUUGAUGAUCUUCGUUGGUAUGUUGAUGCCACUAAUGCUUGCAAUCCGGGGAGUGUUUUUUAUAUGGAAUUUGAUAUUGAUAGAAGACACAAAGAUUGUUUAUUGGCUGCUGCGACGAAAGAUGGUAACCAAGGUUUGUAUCCAUUAUGUUUUGCGAUUGUUGAUGGUGAAAGUUAUGACAGUUGGCAUUGGUUCUUGUCAAAGUUAUUAGGUAUUUUGAGUUCGGAGAGGGAUAUUGUGUUUGUUACUGAUCGACAUGGAGGUUUGCUGAAAGCUUUAGCUGAGGUCUUUCCGUUUUCUUCUCAUUCUUUUUGUCUAAUGCAUUUGAAGACAAACUUGAAGACUUAUUUGUCAGUGAAGAGUCGUGAAUCAAAAGAGAAUUUGCUUACUCUUUUUAGUAGAUGUGCAUAUGCUCAUACUAUUGAGUUGUUUAAUGAGCUAUUUGAAGAAUUUAAGGGUCGUUGUGGUCGUAGUGUUGAGAGGUUUCUUGAGGAUUAG